AUGUUUUGGUCACUGUUGCUCUGCGUAAUCGUCGCCUUUGCGUCCGUGCCGGCUGAUGCGCAAAUCUCCAGCCGUUAUGUUAUCGGAUGUCCCGCUCGGUGUGACAAGUCAAUGUGUCCUCGGCUACCGGCGGACUGCCCGGCGGGACAGACUUUCGACGCCUGCCACUGCUGCCAGGUGUGCGGGUCCAGUGAGGGCGAAGCCUGCGGUGGCAGCGGGAAACUCGGGGACCCGUUGUGCGGAGAGGGUCUGGAGUGCUCGGUGUCCGGCGGGGUGGGGUACAGCGUCACGGUCAGGAGGAGAAGCAAGAGUGGGGUUUGCGUGUGCAAAGCCACCGACCCGGUUUGUGGAAGCGAUGGGGUGUCCUACCGGAAUAUCUGCGAGCUGAAGAGGGUCAGCCGCCGGGCACAGAAGCUGCAACAGCCACCUGUUCUUUUCAUUCAGAGGGGAGCCUGCGGGAAAGCUCAGGACAACCCAGACAGCCCAAGACACAAAUACAACUUCAUUGCCGACGUGGUGGAGAGAAUUGCUCCGUCUGUGGUUCACAUUGAACUUUACCGCAAGAUGACUUAUUCCAAGCGAGAGGUGGCAGUGGCCAGUGGCUCUGGCUUCGUUGUGGCAGAAGAUGGCCAGAUUGUGACCAACGCCCAUGUAGUGGCCAAUAAGCACCGUGUGAAGGUGGAGCUGAAGAGCGGAGCCUCCUACGAUGCUAAAAUCAAAGAUGUGGACGAAAAAUCUGACAUCGCUCUCAUCAAAAUUGAUGCACCGACCAAGCUUCCUGUGCUGUUGCUUGGCCACUCAUCAGACCUGAGACCAGGGGAGUUUGUGGUUGCUAUUGGCAGCCCGUUUUCCCUCCAGAACACAGUUACCACAGGAAUUGUCAGCACCACUCAGCGAGGGGGCAAGGAGCUGGGCCUUCGUAACUCUGACAUGGACUACAUCCAGACUGAUGCUAUCAUCAAUUAUGGCAACUCUGGAGGCCCUUUGUUAAAUCUGGAUGGCGAGGUGAUUGGAAUCAACACAUUGAAAGUGACGGCUGGCAUUUCCUUUGCCAUACCCUCAGACAAGAUUCGAGAGUUCCUGGCAGAGUCCUAUGACAGGCAGUCCAGAGGGAGAGCAGCUGCUAAAAAGAAGUACAUUGGUGUCAGGAUGAUGACUCUCACUGCAGCAUUGGCCAAAGAGCUGAAGACUCGACACCGUGACUUCCCUGACAUCACAUCUGGAGCUUACGUUAUGGAAGUCAUUGCGAAGACACCAGCUGCAGUUGCUGGACUCAAAGAGCAUGACGUCAUCAUCUCGAUCAACGGCCAAAGGAUCUCAUCCGCGACCGAUGUCAGUACUGUCAUCAAAAGGGAGGGCAAUCUGAGAGUAGUUGUGCGCCGCGGAAAUGAGGACGCUAUCCUCACUGUUGUUCCCAUGGAGAUCGACCCUUGACCUUUCCAGAUUUACAACACAGCUGGAGCUAGGUUU